GGCGACGCCCGCGGGGAUGGCAUCAACUUGCCAUCGAAGGACAGCGGCUUAUGCUGCGAAUGUGGCAAUAAUCCGAACAUGUGGAUUUUUCCGAUGCCAUGUGGUGGUUUCCCGAAACCAUGUGGUGGUCUCCCGAACAUACCGAAGUCAUUCCUGGCAGGGUAUCACUUCCAAUACAUCAUAUCUCAUUCGCUGACUGGGAUGCCGGUAUAAGAAAUAUGGAGAAGGCGUGCGGGGCAUCUGGGAUGUAGCGACAAGUGCCGUGAGACGAACGGAUCGAAUUGUUCCACUCGCGACAGUUGAGGAAUGAUAUAAAAGUAGGUAGGGGCAUGUCAUCUUCCCUCAGCAGAUACGCCUAGGCACCUACACAAGAUGGCGACAGUGACCGCAACGCUCCCAGCACAACCGGCUGCCAUCGUCGACCUCAAGCCCGAUGUUGCCGUCGAAAGAAUUGAAGUAGCCGCACCGCCAGAGACUCCUGCCCCGCCCACUGCCAUGUCAGAUGUCUCCGACUACAACCACGGCCUCAAGUCGAAAUGGCCGAUUGCAACUGAUCUCGCAGGCUGUGCUCAACCGUGUCGACUGGAAGGCGAGGUUGCAGAUCUAGUUGUACUCGGCGAAAUCCCCAAGCAAAUCGAAGGCAACUUCUAUCGAGUCAUGUGCGAUCCUUUCGUUCCACCUCACCCCAAUAACAUUCCACUCGAUGGCGAUGGCAACAUUUCCGUCUUCCAAUUCCACAAUGGACGAGUGGAUAUGAAGACCAAGUACAUCGAAACCGAGAGAUUUAAGCUGGAGCGUCGUGCCAACAAGGCAUUGUUCGGUCUCUACCGCAAUCCUUACACUCAUCAUCCUUGUGUCCGGGCUGCUGUGGAUUCGACCGCCAACACCAACCUCGUGCUCUGGGCAGACCAUCUGCUAGCACUCAAGGAAGUCGGCUUGCCAUAUGCUGUCGACCCCAUCACCCUGCAGACCAGAUGCUACGAUCCUUUCAAGCAAGUCAAAGCCAAGACGUUCACAGCACACCCCAAACUCGACCCAUACAAAGACGAACUCGUCGUAUUCGGCUACGAAGCCAAGGGCCUAGGAAGCAGAGACAUUGUCACCUACUCCAUCGACCGCGCCGGCAAGAUUCACAACGAGUUCUGGGUUCAGGACCCCCACGACACACCCGGUUUCAUCCAUGACUGCGCCAUCACCCCCAAUUGGCUCAUUCUCUUCAUCUGGCCCUUCGAAUCCAACAUCGAACGGAUGAAAGCCGGUGGCCACCACUGGGCCUGGGACUACUCUCGAGGCAUAACAUUCAUCCUCAUACCACGAGAUGCCGCCAACCCGAAAGCCCCAGGCUGGAAACCUCACGAAUACCGCUCCUACUCGUGGAAAAACUGCAUGGCAAUCCACACCGCAGGAGCCUGGGAAGACGCCGAAGGCAACGUCUUUGUCGAGAGUUCUCGUGUUCACGACAACGCCUUCCCCUUCCUGCCCCCGGACGGACCCAACCCCCGCAUGCCCGCCCCCGACGCAGGCGCGGAUUUCGCACGCUGGAAAAUCGACCCCACACAACCCGAUCGCAGCGUCAUUCCCGACCCCGAAGUCAUUGUUGACUGUCCUUCCGAGUUCCCUCGCAUCGACGAGCGAUUCAUGACUUCGGCCUACGACUUCACAUGGCUCAACGUCUUCAUGCCGCAGAAAUCCGACGGCACCAAAAACGUCUAUCAAGGUCUGAACGGAAUCGCCCAGCACAGCAACAAGACGGGCGAGACGAAAUGGUUUUACGCCGGAGAUGAUUCGGGCGUGCAAGAACCCAUUUUCGUGCCGAGAAGUGAGGAUGCGCCGGAAGGAGAUGGCUUUGUGAUUGCGUUGGUGGAACGCCGCGUGGCGAAUCGUUGCGAUUUGGUCGUUUUGGACACCAGGGAAUUUGAAAAGCCCGUGGCAAUUGUACAAUUGCCGCUGCAUUUGAAGGCGCAGAUUCAUGGGAAUUGGGUGGAUGCGAAAGCGCUGGGUGGUUACAAACCCAUUAUUAAGCCUAUUGAUGUGUGGGGGAUUUCGGGCCAGGGCGCUUUGGAGCCGUUGUAGUUCUAAGGUACACGUACCUACUUUUGUAUGUAUUCUUGUCUGUAUGAUCUCUAGGAGCCUUCAAGAAAAAAAUGAAUUAUGACCACCACUUGCGAGUACUUUUUCAUGUUGUGUGAUGAUGGAUGCUUAUGGUGAUUGAAAUAUACCAAUCUUUCUGGACUUUGAGCGAGAGCAGAGCAAAAGUCCAGAUGAGGACGGUAUUUAUUUCCUCAUCCCCACUUGAACACAAUCUGCUUUCCCUUCUUGCCCUUUCUCGCCACGCUCUCAUCAUUCUGCCCAGCGUUCGCAUCUACCACCGGAGUAGAAGUCCCACUGCCUCCCGCCCAAGCAUUGACACUAGGAUUUCCCGAGUUCGUUCGAAGAAUUCCUCGUCCAGUGUAACCAGGCGAGAAUACCGUGCUCGUGGGCUUCUUUGCUGCAGGCAACGCAGGAAACAGCUCGGCGCUUCUCGUAUUGGUGCCCGUGGGCUGCUGUCUGGCAUUGAUAGCAGGAGACGCUCUUGCAGAACUGGAAGGGGUCAUUGCAGGCGAUCGUGCGGCUGAAUCUGUGGCGGGACGAGUGGCCAGCCAGCUAGGGGUGGGUGCUGGAGCGGCACUUCCUCGACCAAGUUGAAUCGAUGGUCCACCGUUCCGUGGAGGAAGUGACGGGAAUGGAUUGCUUGAGGAAGCGGCAGGAGUGCUACUUGCUGAGCCCCAUGACGCUUGGCGACCGACUGCUGAUUGUGAGCUUUUGGCUGUGGAGCUCUUCAGCUUCAGAACACGCGAAGCCCCUACGCCCUUGCCAAGCACUCCCGCAGCGGUUGUGUUGGCGCCAGCCGGACCUGGUAAUGUCGGAUAGUCUUCAUUCACAGCCUUCCAGUCCGCCCACGCUUUGAGAAGGCUAUCUCGCUUGCCAGGCACUUCGAAAAUAUCUGCCAGUUCGUUGAUGAGCUUGCCAAUUUCCUUGGAUGAGGUAUCGAAUAUUGAGAACAAGGCGUCGAUCAGAUCGCCCGGAGAGAUGCCACCCCGGGUAUAUGAUGAGACCCGCUCACGGAACGCAUCCAUCUUCACCUUCUCGUUGCGGGCUAGAUUUGAAGCACGCUCGUUGACAGCAGCAUGGCGCAGUUGCCGCGCCUGCUCCUGUGGCGUGAGUGGUGCUGCCGGGUGGGGUGAUUGCGGAGCUGCUUGUGUGGCUGUUUGUUGUGUGAUCGCUGGCCGUGAAGCAGCUUGCGCUGGGGUGGGUGCGCUCAGUUGACCUCCAAAUGAUCGAGCAGAAACAGACUGUGCGCUGUGUAUCUCACGCUCGCGCUGAUGCGCUACCUCAGCACGACUCAGGUUACCGGCGGAUGAUGCUGGCAGAGGCUCUGCGUUCGGGUCACGCCCGCGACCUCCUCGUCUGCCACCUCUGCCUCGAGUAGGCUCUUGGUACUGUGGGCGAUAAUCGAAUGCCGAGAGAUCCACCCUGCGUGCAUCUUUCGAUAAUCCAUUGGGAUGCUGUUCAAGCUGAUGGGCUUUCAGGUCCAUUUCAGAAUCAAACACCACGAACUUCUUCUCCUGGCACUCCUGGUCCAGACAUGGAAAAUGGUCUUUGCUGAAAUGCUUCUCCAGAGCAUCGUAAUUCAUGAAAUACUGGGGUGUAUUACCUCCGUUGCGCCUAUCGCACAAGUGACAUCUUUCGUGAGCCUCACGACAAUGCGAAAAGAGCUCAUCAUCGCCGUAGAACCUUCUCCGGCAGAAGCCACAUUCUGGAUGACCUUUGAAUCCACUCUGGUCGACAGCACCUGGAUGAUCGUCUCCAAAUUUCUCGUGUCGUUUCAAUUCUGCAUGAGUGAACAGCUCGUGCUCGUGUGUGAAGACUUUCUUAUUCCUGGUACACAAAUCACACAUCACCUUUUGGUGGGUGUUACGGACGUGGCGAUGCAGAUCUGGCCAGCCCAAGCAUGCCUCAUAGCAAUCCUGAUCCGGACAGUUGUAUCUCAACAGUAGCACAGUGUCCUCGAAGAUCUCGUGCUUUUCGUAGCUGAUACCAAGAUUCUUGUCGACUCUGUGAAAAUCUCUUUCUACGAAGUCCUCGUACCUCUUCUCUGCAUCAUCAGUGAAAAUCACAUUUGUAGCCUCCGUUCUGCAAUGCGCACAAGCUUUCGUCUUGUACAGUGCGCGCAGUCGAAGGGCGCAAAUGUGGCAGGUGCGGUGGUUACAAGGUGCGACGCUAUUGUGCGAGACGGGAGAUGCGCAGAUGAAGCACACUUCCGCCUCAACGUCGUCGCCGUCCUCCACUUGCGCACCUGCUCCCUCGCCUUGGAUAUUGUGGGCGGCGUCUUUGGUCAGGCGAGCACCAAAGACGCCCGUUCCGCCAGGUUCCGGACUCGGUUGUACUGCUGUUGUAUUCUGUUGGGCGCUGCUGAAUGCUCUGUCGCGAUUGUUAUGAUUGGAGUCUCCUCUUCCACCUCGACCUCCUCCUCCCCCUCGACCUCUGCCUCUUCCACGUCCUCGAUUACCACCACCAUCAGCCCUUGUCCGAUCAGCGCCGCGGUCGUUGGGUGCGCCAUUGUGAUGCUCUGCAGAAGCACCUCGGUUUGCGCCACCUCUUUGGCCACCUCGCCCCCGGCCUCCACCACGCCCUCCUCUGCCCUGGCUUUCUCCGCCGCUCGUCGCUGGUGCUGUCGUCGAUGUAGUCUCGGCCAUUGCUUGAGUCUGUGUGAAUGGAUAAUCCCUGCUUAAACGGUGACCCUGGACUUUGCUGGCUGGCGAAUUGGGGACAAUGCUAAAAGGGUCUGUGUGUGACAAGAGCAGACAAUUGAAGCAACAGCCAGAGUGAAGUUGGUCACAAAGAGUGAA